UUUCACUCGGAGUAGUUCUUAGAUUGCCCUUAGUCAGACUAAGAAGAAACAUACAAUUUAACAUUAUUCAUGUUAUGAGUUCUGUCCGAUCUAGACUACGUUCUGUUCGUAGAGUGCCAAGAAGACGAAGUCGUAGAUUGAGAUCAGCUGCUGGUUCAGACACAGUUAUGGAGGACCCAAUUGUAGUUGAGGAUCACACACAUGAUGAAAGUUGUAUAGACUUGACAUCGACUGCGGAUGAUGAGUUUGUUGACCUCACGUCUAGUCAGAGGUCACAUGGUAGCGGUGAUUUACUGGGGGCAAAUGAUAGCUCUGUUGUGGUAAUUGGAUCGCCAAAUGACUCCCCACCUGCACACAGAAGAGGUCGACGUAGAUUACCUCCAGCUGAAGCAUUUGACGAUGACCUACCUCCUGUGCCGUUUGAUUUACCAAGCCCAAUACCGUCUUCAAGUGGAUCCAGUUCCAAUUUUCAGUCGCCAGAACCAAUAAAAAUAACAUGUCCAGUUUGUCUGGAUGAUGAUAAAACGAUUAAAAAAGACAAGAGAAAGCUAGCAACAACAACAUGUGGACAUGUUUUCUGCCAGCCGUGUGUAGAGGGAUCUAUAAGAACUCAGAACUGCUGUCCUGUGUGUAGAAAGAAAUUAACAUUAAGAAAUGUUUUUGUUCUUCAUAUAUGAUUUGUGAUAAAUUGUGAUAAUUUAUAAGUGAUUUGACAAACAUUUUAAAGUAGACAUUGUAUGUCUCCUGUCUUUCAUUGGGAAACUGUGCAUGUUUUCUGAUUUUGUUUAUGACAAAAUUCAUUUACAAUUUUGGGGUUAAUAUUUAAUAAGCAAAUUUUUGUGUUCACUCAAUAAUUUUUUUAUUGUUUGUGAUUGAUACAAUGUAAUAGACAAAAUGGUAAAGAUUGAUUGAAGGAAAUGCAGAGCAGAAGGAAGAACUGUCAUUCCCUCAUAUUGAAAUAAUAAGUUAUCUCCAGUUAGUACUUCGUUUUCACUUUUGAACUACUGAUUGGAAUUUAAGUAAAUUUGAAUUGAUUGAUGGCAAUGAGAGGGGGUACGAAGUGCAAGAAGAAAUAUUUAUCCAAAAUAGUUACUGAUUUAUAAUUACUUGUGUACAGAUUUACUUUUUUACAAGUUGUGAAAAGCAUUUAUAACAUGGCAUUGUAAUAAUAAUGCACAGGUAUUUCUCAUUUGUCAUCACAGAUUACCUGUAAACUCACUUUUUUCAGUAAAAAGACUUUCAAGACUACUCCUGUUUGCCAGUGAUGAACUAAUACAUGACCUAUAUGACUUAUAAUUGUGUCGGCGCAACAUAAAAACCAACAAAAAUGUGUACUUGUGUUUCAUGAAUGGUUUUGGUAAAUGUUUAAUUUAUGUUUAUUCUAACCUCCAAUGUUCUUUUUAAAGUACAUGUUUCCAGUUUUGCUUAUUUUUUGUCUACAAUGUAGUUUUAAGGUUAGUUUUGGACAUUUGUUUUAAAACUUGCCAGAAUGUAGAGGAUAUUUGUUUGUUUCAGUGUGAGACUGAGGUAUCUUUCACCAUGUGAACAGCAGAUGUUAUAUUUUUACACUGGUGAAAAUGUAAGAUCUGGUGUUAAUGAGUGAAAGAUAAUUGAUUUUGCAUGUACAUCAAACAAAUUGAAAAGGCUUUUUAAUGUUUUGAAAUACUUUUAACAAAAUUAUGCACAUUUAAUUGUUUUCUGUGAAAUAUAUUCUUGAAUAAUUAUGUGAUUGUCAUUUGGUCAAUGCAAGUGCUAAAUUUUCUUGCUUUUUAUCCAGUGUUACUGCUGUUUUCUAGUUGCAGUGUUUCAGCUUGAUUGUUGUUUUCAUAUCUCUUUGCCAACAAAAACAAAGCUUUCAUUGUGGUAAUUUAAUGUAUUUAUAAACUUUGAUAGUGCUUCCGCUAUAAAUCAUCAUAGUUUCCGCUGUAAAUCAUCAUAGGUUGUUUCCUGUAAUUUAUGUCAUUUCUCAUUAAUGCUAAUCUUUCUUCAAAAUUCAGAAAGGACAUCUAUUUGUUUCUACAGUCAAUACUGUAUUGGACAGUCAGCCAAGGGAAUGACUAAACCAGGCUGCUUUGGCCAGGUGGCUGUUUUUAAUAAGUUGAAAUUAGAACAAAAGGUCCAAAGUUGAGAAAUUAGCUGACUGGCUGCUUAAGGCAUGUUGAUGCUGUACAACAAAAAUUUAGGUCCUUAAGAGAUACUAAUGAUUUUCUUCAAGUCAUUCUGUUUCAUUACAAAACAUGACCACCAAGAUGUUGGGACUAGUUUUCCUAUAUGGCUAUAUGGAAACUUGAACAAUUUUCUCCUCUGAAAGCAUUGGCUUGAUUUUAAAAUGUAUGACCCUCUGGCAAAUUCCUUGAAAUCUUUGUUUCAAAAGCAUAGUCUCCAGGGGGCAGGGCUAAUUUUCCUAAUAUGGCUGUAUACAAAAAACAAUUUAAAAAAUGAUAUUUUGUAUAAUUUCUUUAUAUUGUGUCAUCGUCUGUCCAUUCCCCUGCAUGUGUCCUGUGGACAAAAGUGUGUGUGUGUGUUACAGUUUUGCUCUGUAACAUAAUGAAGUCUUCAGAGCUUGAAUCUUAAAAUCUGUGUAAAUUCUUGGACCAUGAAAACUUUUUAAUAUUUUUUUUUUGACAUGUUGCUUUCAUGCUUACUGAAAGAUCUUGAUUUUUUUAGAAAUUAAAAACUGAUAGAUAACGUAAUGGAUUUAAGAAAAUUUAGGUGUCUAAAAUAUAGAAAAUAAUGGAAAAUACCACAGGUAAAUGUUUUGGUGUUGAAUUUACCAAGUGCUUAAGAUAUUUCUAAAAGGAAGUUUUUUCAUUGAUGUAUACUGUUAAUAUUAUAUUCAGGUGUUUGUGUACAUUUUUAUUCCCCAGAAAACCCAUGGAAUUUAAAAGGCGAAUAUGUAUUUUUAACUCACCUGAGCCAAAGGCUCAUGGUGAGCUUAUGUGACCGCUCAAUGUCUGUCAUCCAUCCAUCAACAUUUUAUAAAAAAAUCUUCUUCAAAACCACUGGGCAGCAUUACACCGAACUUUAUAGGAAUGAUCCUUGGGUGGCCCCCUUUCAAAAUUGUUCUAAGAAUUGAAUUCCAUACAAAACAAAGGAAAAACUUUAAAAAUCUGUUUGUCCAAAACCACAGGUCAUAGGGCUUUUAUAUUUGGUAUGUAGCAUCAUCUAGUGGUCCUCUCCCAAGAUUAUUCAAAUUAUCCCCCUAUGGUCAAAUAUGUCCCUGCCCUUGGGGUCACAUUGUUUACAUAAUUAUACUUACAUAGGGAAAUCUUCUUGUCCGAAACCACAAGGCAUAUAGCCUCAAUAUUUGGAAUGUGAUAUCAUCUACUGAUCCUCUAUAAAGAUUGUUCAAAUUAUGCCCUUGGGUUGAAAAGAGGUCCCGCCCCCAGGCGUCCCAAGUUUCACAUUGAUUUAUAUAGGAAAAAUAUUAAAAAAUCUUCUUGUCCGAAACCAUAAUACCUAGGCCUUUGAUAUUUGGUAUGUAGCAUUGCCUUGAAGUCCUCUACCAAAAUUGUUCAAAUUAUACCCCUGGGGUGAAAAGAGGCCAUGCCCAUGGGGUCCCAAGUUUUACGUAGACUUAUAUAGGAAAAAGCUUUAAAAAAUUUUUUGUCUGAAACCAAAGGACCUAGGCCUUUGAUGUUUGGUAUGUAGCAUUGCCUUGUGGUCUUGUACCAAGAUUGUUCAAAUUAUUCCCCUGGGUUGAAAAGAGGCCCCGCCCUGGGUGUCCCAAGUUUUACAUAGACUUAUUUAGGAAAAUAUUUUUAAAAUCUUGUCUGAAACUGCAAGGCCUAGGCUUUUGAUAUUUGGUAUGUUGCAUUGCCUGUGGUCCUCUACCAUAAUUGUUUAAAUUAUGCCCCUGGGGUAAAAUGAGGCCCUGCCCUGGGGGUCUCAAGUUUUGCAUAGGCUUACAUAGGAAAAAAACUUUUAAUAAUCUUCUUGACUGAAAGUUCAAGGCCUAGGCUUUUGAUAUUUGCUAUGUAGCAUUGCCUAGUGGCUCUCUAACAAGAUUAUUCAAAUUAUGCCCCCACGGGUGAAAAGAGGCCCUGCCUGAGGGUCCCUUGGUUUUUUAUAUGAGUUAUAUAGGAAAAAAUACUGUUAAAUUAUCUGAUCAUAUUUCGUAGACUGUUUAAUUAUAAUUACCUCAUGAACCCAAGUAAUUAGGGGUCAUUUGACCAUGACCUUGAGCUACUGACCUACUUUCUUGUUUCUUAAGAUACAGCCUUGAAAUUGGAAUGACAUAUUAUACAGUUUUGCACACGUAUUUUAAAACUGACUUUAAGUGACCAUGAAUGUGACCUACUGACCUACUUUCUAAUAUUUUAGCAUCAAUUUUACAUUUGAAACAUGUAGCUUAUAUUACUCGGGUGAGUGAUCCAGGGUCAUCAUGACCCUCUUGUUACAGAAUGUUUGUAUAAAUGUGCAAUAAAAAAUUUAAUAUGCAGAAAGUGUGUAUGGUAAAGGGAAGCUUUUCUUUUUAAUGGGACAGACUUAUAGUCACUUUAUACAUACAAAAGCUGGUUGGGUAAUACAUGAUUGCAAAGUAGAUAUUAACAGAAUAUUUAUACAGACAGCUAUGUAAUGUAGUGGUAUUAUUAGUUCUGUGAUUUAAAGUAAUACUGGUAAUUGAACUUGCAAAAAGAGGGGCGUCAAGUGAUUGCUCAAUGUGAUUUUUGUGUUCAUUUCUUUAUUACUGUAAUGCAUUUAUUGUAUUAUUUGUGUUGGUUUCGAAAUAAAGUCUAGAUGAAAUUUA